CCAGCGAUCGAUUUCACUCAUUUGUGAGUUAUUUUAUAUUGCUUCUGAGGUUUUCGAAUCUUGCUGCGCUCAUCUUCGCACGGCAGGAAUUGAUUCUCACAACCCGAGUGGCGAGUUUCCCUAACGAAAAACGUCCCCCAUGCUGCGAUUGGACACGCUAGGCCUGAUAUUGGUCUCAGGAGCAACUCGGGGGAAGGCGCUGGCCAGCACGCAUACUUUGCUUCGCAGCCCGCAUCAGCCGCUUUCUUCUUCAUUGCCAAUCGGACUUGGAGCGUCCGAUGUGGACAUGCUGAAUGGUGCUCACGGAAGAGCUGUGCAAGUAGCCCUGUAUAUCAUUCAUCCCAUGGCGCAAAGCCUAGGUAUUAUUGAUCGGUUUGGUGUGAAGCGCGCGAAUAUUGAAAACAUCUUAAUGGACAGAUGGUUUUGCCGCGCUCCCACGGGGUUUUUCCGAAUGAUGCGGAGCCAUCCGAAGCAUCGGCGGAAGCGUAUCCCGGAAGGGAGCCAAGCUAUCAUCUACGAGCGCGCCAUACCUUCUCCAGAUCAAGUCAGAGGAGAGCGAGCAAGUUAUGAGCUGAGUUGAUAGCUGUUGUCUUUGCGGACAGUUUUUUGUGCUCUCAAACGAACACGAACGGUGACAUUACGGAAACCUGACGCGUGCACGUUCACACCCCCGUCCACCUAAGCCGUAAGAUUGGCCUGGAUGACACCCCUUUCCUGCUCCUUGGCUACAUUGUUAGUGAUACAGCCGCUGGUCGGACUUCAUUCAUGCCCGGCUUCAAAAAAGCUGCGCGAGUUAUCACCACGGCUUAUUCGAAGAAAUGUGGCAUCGCGAACGCUAGAGUACAGCGAUUUUC